AUGUUUAAGAAGAAUGCACAGUUGGUUUCAACUUUAAAUUCUGCACCAGAAGAAACUGCUAAGUUUGGACUAAACUUCUUCUCGUCUCUGAGCAGCGGGGAGAAACAUAAAUGGCUUGGACUUAACUCAACAGGCCAUCUACCGAACACAAACAUACCUCCGUUAGCCUCGUCUAAGACUAAACUAUACACUCCCAAAAGUGUAAACUGGGUAAAAGAGGGAGCAGUAACACCCGUUAAAAGUCAAGGUUCGUGUGGUGCUUGCUGGGCGUUUGGUGCAGUAAGUGCUAUGGAAUCAAGAUACAAAAUAAAGUCAAGUAGAUUGAGAGCCUUCUCAGAACAAGAAUUUUUAGCCUGCACUCAUAUUAGUCAAGAUGGCUGUAAAGGCGGAUGGCCCUCUGAUUCAUACGUGUACUCAAAAAACAACGGAGGUCGACUUUCAGCUGAAAAAGAUUACCCUUACGAGAAUAAAAUGGGCGAAUGUAAAAGAACAACAACCCCUAAUGCGGCUGUUGCGUACAAGAUCGUCGAAAAACAAGAGGUGUCCGCUGGUGAAAGUUCUACCAUCGCAGCUCUUGCUGACGGUCCUCUUUGGAUGGCUAUACAAGUAACAAAUGCCUUCUAUGCUUACAGGAGUGGUGUCUUUAAAGACCCCACUUGCCGUGAUCAUGUUAAUCACGCAGUAACUGGAGUUGGAUAUACCGAGGAAUACGUGCUUCUCAAGAACUCGUGGGGUAAAACAUGGGGAGACAAAGGUUUUAUAAAGAUAGCAAGAGAUGACUUCAGCUGUGGAAUUUGGAAAUUUAACGGCUACCCGAUACUUAAAGCAACCAGUAAGAAAGACGAAGGAAUAAACGAUAAGAAGUCUACAUAUGUUGAUGAGGAUAAUGAGGACGAUGAGGAUAAUGAGAACGAUGAGGAUAAUGAAAACGAUGAGGAUAAUGAGGAUAAUGAGAACGAUGAGGAUAAUGAGAACGAUGACGAUAAUGAGAACGUUACAUGCAAUGAUAAGGGCAGAGGUUGCGUUAAAGAUAUGUGCAAGCAUGAAUCAUUUGCUUUUGAGUGGUGCCGGGAUACUUGCGGGUACUGCAAAAUAAAAUGCGAGGAUAACUAUUCCGACUGUAGAACGAUUUGGUGCAAAUAUACCUACUUUGCCGAAGACCAGUGCCAGAAGACAUGUAAAAUGUGCGAGGAGAAAGAUGAUGAAGAUGGAAAUGAGGGAUGUAACCCUGGCUUGACAAGGUGCCCAGAUGGAGUGUGUAAGCACGAGCACAUGUGUUAG